AUGGAGUACGAGCUGGCCUGUCCCAGGGGAUUCUGCAGCAGGCUGCUCUUGCUGAAUGCUGGAGCCCUGCCUGGUCAGAGCCCGGCCCCAGCGGCCCCGGUGCCGGCGGCGCAGCCGGCGCAGCCCGGUCUGAUGGCGCAGAUGGCGAGCACGGCGGCCGGCGUGGCCGUGGGUUCGGCCGUGGGACACGUCGUGGGGAGCGCCCUCACCGGCGCCUUCAGCGGCGGCUCCUCCGAACCGGCCAAGGCGGCGGCUCCCGCCCAGGAGCCCAGGCAGCAGCCCGUGUACCAGCAGUCGCCCUACGGACCCUGCCACUAUGAGAUGAAGCAGUUCCUGGAAUGUGCUACCAACCAGAGAGACCUGACCUUGUGCGAGGGCUUCAACGAGGCGCUGAAGCAGUGCAAGACUAGCAACGGUGUUUCUUCUCUCCUGUGAAGAAUCUGCCCCCCUUUGUAUAGGGAAGAGGAGCCUGGUGUAGAGCCCUGCUGCCUGCAGGGAGUAGAAGGAUGGACAGAGGAUGAGCUGGAGGGAACAGACUGACCAGACAGGAGUCUUCUAGUGGUAAUUUACUUCUUCACUAGUAGAGAAGGAAAGGAGUGGUUGGACCUGUGGGAAUUCAGAAUUCAGAUAGCACUGUAUUUAUUACAGAGAAAUAAAGGAGUUUAUUUGGACCUA